AUUUCGGGCAGGGCUUCCCGCCGCGCCGGGCCAUCGAUGCGCUCUGCUUUGCCUCUGCGCAAGCCUGUAUCGUGCCCGCUGGCCGCCCGGAAAAGGGGGAAGGCUCGGCGCCGCGCCGGGGGCGCUGCGAGCAUUAUCCAGCAUGUCUUCACUAACAGAAAAGGACAGACCAAUUGUUCAGCUGUUACUGAACACUGGCACUUGCCCACGAUGUAUUUUGAGGUUCUGCUGUGUGGGAUCACAGAUGCUUUAUAGACAUCCGUACAAGGAGUUGAUGAAGGAUUUAAAAGAAUUUCUGAAAAAUAAUCAAGAGGAAGAAGAUACGGAUUGUUUUGAUGUAGUUGAUCCUCCUUGUAAGAGAAUCAGACUUGAGCAGACAGAAGAAGGGCCUGAUGCUCUGAACCACAACGGAGCUCUCCAGCAGAUACCUUUGGUUAAUGAUGGAAAUACCGCAGUGGAGAACCCAGCUGUGAAGGUUUGCAACGUGUGUUUGGGAAUUCUUCAGGAGUUCUGCGAGGCCGACUUUGUGAAAAAGGUGUGCCAAAAAGUUAAUUCUGCUGACUACCAGUUCACUAGUUUUGUAUUUUCUGUGUCACUACCCCCACAGCUGUCUGUUAGGGAGCGUGCUGCUUGGCUGCUGGUAAAACAGGAAAUGAGAAAUCUGGGCCUUUCCUUGGCAAAGGAUGACAUUGUUCAACUGAAAGAAGCUUAUAAGUGGAUUAUUCAUCCCCAGUUGUCAGAAGAGUUGGGUGUUCCUGCUGAUGGAAAGAGUUUGUUUGAAGUUAGCGUGGUCUUUGCUCACCCAGAAACAGACGAGGAGUGCCAUUUCCUAGCCACAGCUUGUCCUGAUUGUUUCAAACGAGCGAAGAACAAACAGUCUGUUUUCACUAGAAUGGCAGUUAUAAAAGCCCUAGAGAAGAUAAAAGAAGAUGAUUUUCUCAAGCAUUUUCCAUGUCCCCCAGGUUCACCAAAGAACCUCUGUGUUGCUGUGGAAAUUCAGUGCAAUAAUGGUGCAGUUUUUGUGGCCGGAAGAUACAACAAAUAUUCAAGGAAUUUACCUCAGACUCCCUGGAUUAUUGAUGGGGAGCGGAAGCUGGAAUCUUCAGUGGAAGAACUGAUUUCAGAGCAUCUAAUGGCAGAAUUCAAAGCAGAUAGCUUUAAUUUUUCUUCCUCUGGAAGAGAAGAUGUGGAUGUGAGAACAUUAGGCAGUGGAAGGCCCUUUGCAAUUGAGCUUGUGAAUCCUCGUAGAAUACAUUUUACUGCUGAGGAAAUGAAGAGACUUCAGCAGACAAUUAAUAAUUCUUCAGACAAAAUACAGGUUCGAGAUUUACAGCUUGUCACCAGAGAGGCAAUUGGUCGUAUGAAGGAAGGUGAAGAGGAAAAGACAAAGACCUAUAGUGCCUUAAUAUGGACAGACAAAGCCAUACAGAAAGAAGAUAUUGCAUUGCUGGAUGAUAUCAAGGAAUUAAAACUUGACCAGAAGACACCUCUCCGGGUUCUUCACAGGAGGCCUCUAGCUGUAAGGUGUCGGAUCAUCCACACCAUGAAAUCUGAGUACAUAGACGAGCAUCAUUUUCGCCUGCAUCUGAAGACUCAAGCAGGAACCUACAUUAAAGAAUUUGUGCAUGGAGACUUUGGAAGAACAAAGCCCAAUAUUGGCUCCCUACUGAACAGAACCGCUGACAUUCUGGAGUUGGAUGUGGAAUCUGUUGACGUUGACUGGCCUCCAACCCUGGAUGAUUAACUUUUCAAGUUGGGACAAGGAAGAAGCGGCUCCGCUGUCAGCAGCUGGUUCCUGAACACCGUGCAGUGGUACAGCUUGGUUGCAAAGUAUUUCUGUCCAACAUUUGGAUCAUGUUGAUCUGCCAAAGGAUAUUGUUAACUUUGUAUCAACCUUAAACGCUCUGGAACAGGUAGUGUUCAUUCAGUCUUCUGGCCUUAUUUUAAUUUCUUCUGUGCAUAGAAAGAUUUUGGUAAGCUAAUGUAUUGAUAAUAAGUCUUUUUAAAAAGCAAUUAAGGAAAAGACAAAUGAUGUAACAUGCAAAUGGUGUAAUGCACAAGUACAUCAAAUAUACAUUCUGCAGUACUUUCAAAUGUUUAGUUAAAAAUAACCCUCCCUCAAGCCAGGUUUGGGUUUUUUUCGAACUCUUUUUUAUUGGAUGCUACAGCUUUCCUUGCCUGGGUGCAGGUAGCACCGAGUUACCCGAAACCCAGUCCCAACUUGAUUCAGAGCGCCGCGCAUGCAGGAAUUCGCAAGUCAGGGACCUCACCCUGAAGCCAGCAGGAGAGUGCCUGGCCGAGGCAGCGCUCCGCUCCCUGCGCAGGACUGCUUUUUGGUCAGCGUCAGUUUUGGAGAUGGGCAAAUUUUUUUUCCAAAAGUGAAUCAAAGGGAAGAAACAGUUUGCAGGGGAAAACUCUGCACUUAAAACUGAGGUUUUUCUCAUUUAAAAACAUGAGCAGUGCUUCCUAGAAACAACAGCUGAGGUACUUGAGGCCUCAGCAGCUCUCUGGCCGGGUUACAAUCCUCUUCAGGCACAGGAUUUCCCCAGUUGAGUCGCCUUAUAUAAAAAGAUUGGGAACUCCUGGCAGUGGUGCACGAUGGAAAUAAAAAAGAAAACCAGGAAUACCAAGAACCUCAAAGUGCAGGCAAAUAUAAAUAUACCAAGGAAUGUUAGUAUUGAGAGACCAAGACAAGAGAUAGAAAGCUUUGAUUUAAUAGUGUAAUACAUUUUUUCUAGUACCUUGCCUUGGAUGGAUGCCCAGAAGAGUUGAACAUUGCUUAGGAACUUCCCUGGAAUAGGGAAGAGCUGAGGUUUUUUUCUUUGCUUAUUUUAAAUGUUUUCAUACAAAGCACCACCUAUGUCUUUAGGAAAAGCCACUUACGCCUGUAUGAAGUUAAUCGAUUUGGAAAAUGCUUCUGCUUACCUGAAGCACAGAAGAGAGUUAACUAUUGGCAAAAACUUAAGAUUGCAACUUAAGGGCUUUUAAAUAAUUAACGUUUCAGAAAGAAAGAGAGUAAUAUUUGCCAAGACAAACCACUGUUUGGGGACAGGGAGAGUCACUGAGGUAUCUUACCUUCAGUUCAGUGGUGCCAGGACCUCGUAAUACUACAGCUGCAUGGUAACUUUAGCUGAAGGUUCAAAAAGGUAUUAAUAAAUACAUUUUCAAGGAGCUCCUGAAAACUAAAACCCCAAAAAUCUUGAAAAAUUAGUCUGAAUAUUAUAUACUCUGCCUGUCAUGGGCUGUCAAAACUUUGUUGUUUUCCUAGUCCACUGUAACGUAAGUAUGGUAGUAGUUCAGAAGAUCCUGUUUUUCUAUCACAAAAAUAAUAGGAACAUGAUUCAGACAGCAGUAUUUUUUUUUUUGUUUUUAAUCUAAAAGCUGUUAUGAGCAACAUAUUCCAGGAGUAGUUGUCUCAGAUAAUCAUCUGUACCCAGAAAGGAAGUGUCAUGAAUGAUGGAAAACAAACGAGAAUUUCAGUCUCACAUCUAUGUGAUUUCUUGAAACUCAAAGUGAGCUAAAAUAUGAUCUAUAAAUUCCAUAAACUAUGGGGGGGGGGGGGGGGGGAAGUGUAGACAGCACUGCACCAUGGGCACACCAGCCAUGAGGAGAGAUGUUCCAAGAAGGAAAUCAAGCUAGAAAUAAAAAGGGCUCCUGCCACAGUGCAAGGACACUGAAGGUGCACCCAUCUGCAGCUCUUGCUGUGCUGUACGUUAUCAUGGUGACAGUGGAGAUCAUGGUAAGAAUCAAAGUGCAGAUCAACAAGACUCUAAAGAUUAUGCUAAAUGUUCCAAGUGUAAUCUGUUCUCUAUGCAACGUAGAGAGGUCCACCAAAAAUUCCCAUUUUCUUUUUUUGGGUUUUUUUUGGUGAUAAAUGUUAAGUAUCAAAAUGCAGGGGGACAGGACUAAUGAUGCAAACAUCUCUAUGGUCUUUAGAUAUUGUUCAGUGAUCAUGUGAAAAUCUGAAAUUGAGAGAUGUAAUCUGUUACUUCGAACUUUGUUUAAAGUCUGCAGCUUCUAAUACAAGGUAUAAACACUUUGAACAUUUGUAAUCUGGAACGAAUAUUGCAGCAAUAAUAUUAAUGUUGUACUUUGGCCUUCAUCUUAUUUAUAAGUACAAUACCUGCUUGUGAGUACUCAAACAGGAUGUUUUGUGAGAGUAAGAUUUAAUCUGGUUUGUUGGGCAUGUGUGAAAGAAGUAGGUAUUUUCUAGCACGUUAUGUGAAAAACGCUAAAAAAUGAGGUCCAGUGUUCCUUAGCAGCAUCCUCCUUUGCUCUGGAAGGACUCAAAGCCAUUGUAUUCCUCCAAACAACUGCUGGCCUGUAAUGCCCCCCUACAUUUUAUUUGCGUCGGCUUAGCUGCUCCUGGAAAAGUUGUGGCAGUAGCACAGCUCUAGCCAAGCACGGAAGCAUCGGUCCGUCCUGCCCCCCUGAAAAGUCAGUUGCUCUGCCACAAACGAUGGCCGAGUGUAGAUGAACCUUUACUGCACACAUCGCUUUGGGUUUUGUAGUGGCCAUCAGUUACUGUGAGCAGAAAAUACUCUAAAAAGCCCCCAGGAUACGCAACCCAGAACCUACCAUCUCCCCUUUCUCUCGCUUUCCUGCGCUGAGAGAUGUCAUGAAUCUGAGAAGGUUGUGGAAGCGGAGUACUUCGUAUAACCAGUUUUUUAAUUACCAAACCAACUUGUUUACAAAGGAAAACAGAACUUUGUAAAUAUUUAAUUAUACAGUAAAAACCAACUGUACUAUAAGGAGCUUUCUACGAAGUGAGUAAAAUGUUUACAUUUAAUAUACUUAAAUUUGAGAACUUCAAAAAAAGAACUGAAUAAACAACACAUUUCAAGCUUU